AUGCUCCUGCAGCGAAUAGACGUCAGGCCGAACUGCUCUAGUGGAGCUGUACUAAGCACGUUGUACAACGCUUUCGGGAAGCUCAGUCCGGUACACACUUUUAUGAACCACCACUCCUGGCUCACUCACCAUGGGUUCAAGGUCAUCGCUACGCAAUGUAGAUUUCUUUCGCAUCGUGCUGUGUUUAUUGUGUGCAACAUUACCCGGACACUAUUGUGUUUGAAAACUGUCGGUGCUCCCCGUCACUUCCGAAGCCGAUUGUAUGCCCAGCUCAUAUGCAAAGCAAUAGAUCGAGGAGUUGCGAACAUAUCCUCAGUAGCGAAACCUUCGAACAGAAUAAUACUUCAUAAGCGAGUCUUCACCCCAAGCGAGCCCAAAUUCCAGUCAGUAGUUCUAGAGAUAUUUCUGCUCAUUGAGCGGAUUUUUCUCGCCUCGGAGAAGAAGCAACUGAAGCAGACAACCAAACCCAAGAAUGCAAUGGCCGAAACCACAAUCUUCUGGGGUAGACCCAUAUAUAAGAUUCAAGAGACUUUAGACCAAAACAUGCACUCGGAUAUAUUGACGCUAACUCAAGAAUCAGCUGGCUCAACUUCGAAGGGUUCUGGAACCAUAUCGCUCGCCAGACAACUAAAGGACCUUAGUUCGAACCGUCGUCGUCGAAAGUUUAUUGAGAACAUUAAGCGAGUUCACCCGGCAUUCUCGAAUGCAGUUCGUCUCGAUGCCUAUGAACAAUUACAUCAGGAUCACUAUGUGUACGAGCACCGCCAGGUCUCUGUACAGCCUGUGAACUUGAUCAAAGUCUUUGGCCUGGGCUGUGGAAAAGACAAUAGUGGUAAGAAGAGGUAUGAGAGAAAGCUAGACGCUAUUUCCUCAUUGAUCCAGCGAUUCCCGAAGAAAGAUCAAGGUAUUAUGUUUGUCUCCAGCGAGGUCACCUUGUCCGAAUUGAAGGAUGUCUUCCAAGAGCAGGAAAAGACCACUAUGUUACUUCAAAAACAACACGGACUUGAACGAGAUGAAGAGGGCAUUUAUCCUAAAACUGCAAAACGAAUCCUCAGCAGCAGUGCGAGUCACGUCAUUGUCGUGUCUCUUUUGCUGUCCGAGAGCCAUUGCUCGUUGCCGCCGAUAUCGCUGAAAGAAGAGACUAUCAACAUGGUCAUUUUGGAACAUCAACAGAGGAUGAGGGACACGCUUUGCGAGCUAGUACGAGCAUUCGUCAAUUCUAAGCUCCACGAAAGCAAUAAGACGGAGCUUGAUGAUGCGAGGAAGCACAAAGCCUUGUGUAUAUACCUGGAUAAAAUGGAGAGCUUUACACUACGAGAUAUCUUAAUAGGUUUUGUCACAAAUAGUUUAUCCAACCUCCCUUACUUCACAUCCUUAGACCUUCCAAGCAAGAAAGAUGACCAAGGCAGGACGUUGAAUCUACACUCAGCGUCCAGGUUACUCCGAUCGCGGCUGGUAGGUCAUUUCUUUUUCCACGUGUCACUACUGCUUGUGAAAGGCAAACUACUUUUCAGUUCAUGCACACUUCCACUGCCGUCCGCGGAUUCCUCUCAGCAAUUACCUCUCACCCUGACAUUACCGCUUCGUCCCUCUCUCGUCGGAAUGGCAGCAGGUUUUAAGAUGCAAUACUUCAACACUACUUGCCUCGGAGAACGUUCGGAUAUCAACUCCAACUUUCAUCCACAUUGGAUGACACACGCUUACAGCGAUAUCCCGUCUCUACAACAUCCACAACUUUAUCCCACCCCCCACAACGGCAUCUACCCACCUUAUACUCAUCAUCGCUGGCGAGGAUCAUACUGGAACUACCACCCUCACCGCCUUUGCUCAAAAUUUAACCAGAGCAAUCAACUACUGCGCCCGAAAUGUCAUGCAUAUCAACACCCCAAAUUCGCCGAGUUGUUGCAGCCACAGCCACCAGGACAGGAACCAGAUGCGAGGAAAUUCGAGUGGAAGUAUCCGAACUACUCAAGCUCGGACCCAUUCGGGCUUGAAAGGGAGAUUUCUCCUUCACCAAGGCCGAUGUCGCCUUUGGGGCAUAUAGUUGAGAGUAGUGGGUCUGAGAUUAUGGGUAGUUCGAUGGGGACAUAUGAGCCCGGGUAUGCAUGUACCAUUUCGGACUUAGGAGAUGGUGACGGGACUGAGAAUAGGACUGAAAACGAUGGAAACGAACAUGGUGAUGGACCUCUCGCUGAAUUCGCCAACGAGCAUUCUACGUGCGUGGAUGCUGCCACCGAUAAUGCCAAGCUAGGAAGUCGAUCCACUGACGUUCAUCACGAAAACGAAUUCGGUCAACCUAAUCUUCGAAGAAAGAUGCAAAGCAAUACUGCUCCCUUGAAUCCAGCCGAAGCUCAGCGACACCAAGAUCCAACCCUUACUACAAGAUGGAAAGAGCUGCUAGCCCGCGAAGCUAGACUCACAGCCGCCGAGGUUGCGUUCCAGACCACUAUUCAAGAAGAACGGCAGCGCCUCGAUGCCGACAGAGAGAAGCUAGAGCAACAGCGUUGUCAAGUACAACUGAAGGGACUUAAAGUGCACCAGUUGCGCGCCCAUUUUCGAAAUGAGCAAAGAAGAUUGCACCAAGAACGUUUGCAUCAGCGGCGGUCUCUUUUCCACGGUCGAGCUACGUGGAGUAACCAUGAGCCGUGGAUGGGAGAGGCAGAAGAUUUUGAUUGCGAUAUGGGAGUUAGUGAUAAUGAUCUUGAUAGGUUUGGGGAUGAUGAUUUUGACAUGAAAGAUUCGGAUACAGACUUUGGAGGAGCUUUCCCUACUUUAGGCGUCAAGCGGUAUGAAAAAGGCAUCGGUAAGAGUAAACAUUCAUACUUUCGAAGAAUACAACACUUAUUGGGAGAAUCUCUAAAACUCAACUUUAACACUAGACCUUUGUUCAGGCCUUCCUCGUUUAAACCUCCCAUUCCCUUACCCCUCUGGCAAGAUCGAAGACCUCCAUCUAAAUCCCAUAUGCUACCUCAGCACCACAUGACCGCCAGUGGCUACAAUCUUGAAGAAAACCACUUUAAGUUUAACACUCUUGUUUUCUCCCUUUGGGCCCUCUCUCUUCCAAUUCCACGCGUCGGUGGGCUGAGAGAGCUUGAAGAGGCCGAGGGGUUGUUUUUCGAAGGAGGUAAUGAGGAAACCAACGAGAGGAACAUCGCGAAGGUGGAAGAUAAAAAGGGCCGAGAGACUGUUGACAGUAUCAAGCAUCAUAAAGGAUGGAGACUCAGCAUGCUCGCAUCUACCGUGGGAUAUCAGCAAACCAGAUAUCACUCUUUAUACCUUGUGUUGGAAUCAAGGAGUAUAUUGACAGGAUGUAAAUUUCCGUCCUGGCAUGUCAGAACGUUAAUAGACCAGUUUUGGUCUAAUUAUGUUCGGUGGUAUACGAUGACAUGCUGGAUGCACUUUCCAAAUACAGCAACAAAAUUCAACAAAACUAGUCUCUUAAAGGAUUAA